AUGGCCUCACAACUGCAGCAAUCAGCGAGCGUAGCGCCUCGGAAUAAACCUUGCGAAGAAAGUCCCUAUGGCAUCUUCGUCGAGGAUGAUCUCAUCGACGACUCGACCGGCAUCGUACCGACAAAGGGACUAGGCAUACCGUUAAGCCUCGAGGAUCGCUUCCUUAGGCGCCUAUCGAAGAUGCUAGGCACCGCAGCGAACAUACGAGAGGCACCCAACGGCAACGCUACAGAUAUUUUCUUGACGAGAGACAAAAUGUCAUCCCGGCCAAACAUUGCGCUCGAUGAAGGACUACGGAAAUUCGUGCGCGAGCUCGAAGAAGGGCUGGCCGCUGUUGCGACGCAUCCGUCUGGGGCGCCACUUGAUCGCGCAUGCUCGGAACUAUGGGAUGUCAUUCUCAUUCACAACUAUAAUAGAGUCGAACAAGUCAUACGACGUAUACAAGAGGGCUUCGAAGAAAACCAGGAUACGUUUGAAGAGCUCGUUACGAGAAUGUUCGGCAUCGAUGACGCUAACGCCAAAGGCUCGAUGAUUGAUCGAGAACUUGGCGAUGAAAUCAUCAGGCUAUCUCACGACGUCCAUGCUUUCGAUGGCUCAAUGAGAGAUUUGAACAAGCUCGUCCAGUUCGCCUCAACUAUGACUAGGGUAAAUCACAAUCUACGGGAUCGGCUACGAUACCUCCUAGAGAAGACUUACUUCGCCAACAAGUUGUUCGACCUCAUCUGCGCCCUCGGCUUUCCCGAACGUGUCUACUGCACCCUGGUCCGGGCUGCUAGAUCUUCGCAGACAUUUAGGAAGGUCAACUUCCACUUGAGGCCUCAGUCGCCGGUAAAGAACGUAUCUUUCACAACUCCUCUGGCGGUUCCGACGCAACCAAACGCCAGCAAGCCCUCCUCGCCACCUCAAAAAGAGAUGUCGAAGCGGAAACAGCGGUACGAAGCGACAGCGACCGAAACAGCAAUUGCAGCACCUAUCUUACCCUCUCCUCUUCCUCCUCUUCCUCCUCCUCCUCAGCCAGCUCUCACCAGCCUCGGUUCGCUGAUGACCGUGGUGCAGCCUUACCUCAAUCAAAAGGAUCGAGGCCUUGCACUCCAUUGCCUGCAGCCCGCAACCAAGCGCGAGACAGCACAACUCGUCGGCACCGUCCUCAGAGAGAGGCUGCUACAGAUGCAGACAGCCGCAUGGUUCAGUUUCGGCUUCGUGACCGCCAAAGAUGAAGAGCAAGAAAGGCAGCUAGCAGGGCUGUACGUCGCAAUAUUGAAGGAGGCCAAAGACCCCGAAGCCGCAUUCCGCGAACUGCAGACUGCCUUGGAAACCAACUCCAUCGUCCAGCUUUUCGACAAGUACGAAUACAGCCAUUUCCGCGACAUAUUCCACUACCUCAAAACCUUUCUCACCACACCACCACACAAGCGCUCCACUGUCUGGCGCCUACGACAGUUUAUUCAAGACCCCGCCGAUGACGACCCGCCUGCAUGUCUCCAGCGCGACUAUGGGUUCAGAUUUUGUCGCCAGCGCGAGGAAGUCCUUCGUCUGAAGGAGAUCUACGUUAACAUCCUGAAGAAGCUGGGCCCGCAGAAGUUGGACAUUGCAUGUCUGAACGGCCGGUUAUCUGAGACGGCGAUGAAAGAAGGCGUUCACGUUGAUCAGAAGGACAGGCGGUUUCUAAAAAAUGACUACGGAUCCCCGUUCCUGGGAGUGGACUGUGAAGGUGGUCUGGAGAACUACCGCGGCCCGUUCUACAGGAAGCCGUUGAAGCUUUAG